CAAGUGGACCUGUCCGGCAGGAGAAGCCACAGAAGCGAUCACGCGGAGUCAUUUCGCCUCGCGAAGAUCCCCUCCGUGCUACUUACUACUGUACUUGCGAAAUAGUGCGCCCUACCGUCUCCAUUGCGCAUGACUGUACGUCGUAAUGUGAAGUAGGCCUCCUGUUUUUCUCCCCAACCCGGAGUCCUCCCGGCCCCCACCGCCCGCAACGCUCAAGUGAGGUGUGGCUUACACGGGAAGGUUUGUCAUUGCCUGGAAGGAUAGGAUCUGAAACGGCUGCUUUUGCCUGCAAGGAGACAUUCGAGUUUUGUUGACCACUAUGUCUUUCCUCUGGUCUGGUGCCCUCUCGUGACCCCAAUGACCUUAACACCAGUUUUGACCGUAGAGUCAGGUUUGACCCCAAAACCCUUUUUAUGACCCCUGAGAAACGACGUCAACUGACCGCGUGCAUAAGCUGCAGUCGGGUGGUCUUCCAAAUGCCUACCUCACGCUUAAAGAGCAAUUCACUCCAGCCACAGCCCUGAUCAGCAGCCACCAUGACAUCAAGCAUAGGGGAUGAUUGUAGCAUCUUUGAUGGGUUGAUGGAAGAAGAUGAAAAAGACAAAGCAAAACGCGUGUCCCGUAACAAGUCCGAGAAGAAACGGAGAGACCAGUUCAAUGUCCUCAUCAAGGAACUUGGCACGAUGUUGCCUGGCAACACCAGGAAGAUGGACAAGUCCACCAUCCUGCAGAAAAGCAUUGACUUCCUGUGUAAACACAAAGAGAUCGCAGCUCAGUCGGAGUCGAGUGAGAUCAGGCAGGACUGGAAGCCUCCGUUUCUUAGCAAUGAAGAGUUCACUCAGCUCAUGCUGGAGGCUCUGGAUGGGUUCUUUAUAGCAAUAAUGACUGAUGGGAACGUCCUCUACGUGUCCGAGAGUGUCACCUCACUACUAGAACACCUACCGGCGGACUUGGUGGACCAGAACAUGUUAAACUUCCUGCCAGUAGGGGAACACUCCGAUGUGUACAAGGCUCUGUCCACGCACCCCUCCGACCCAGAGAACCUCAGCUCCGAUUUCCUGAAGACUAAGAAUCACAUGGAGUUCUGCUGCCAUAUGCUACGUGGGGCCAUUGACCCCAAAGAGCCCCCCGUUUAUGAAUAUGUUAAAUUCAUCGGCAACUUCAAGUCACUCAACAACGUUCCCAAUGUGACUAGGAAUGGUCUGGCAGGGGUGUUGCAGCGGUCGCUACAACCUGCUUUUGAUGACCAGGUGUGCUUUGUAGCCACAGUCCGACUGGCCAAACCUCAGUUUAUUAAGGAGAUGUGUACAGUGGAGGAGCCCAAUGAAGAAUUCACCUCCAGGCACAGUUUAGAGUGGAAGUUCCUUUUCUUAGACCACAGAGCUCCACCAAUCAUAGGCUACCUUCCUUUCGAAGUUCUGGGAACAUCAGGGUACGACUACUACCAUGUGGACGACCUGGAGACGCUAGCAAAGUGUCACGAACACUUGAUGCAGUACGGUAAAGGGAAGUCAUGCUACUACCGUUUCCUGACUAAAGGUCAACAGUGGAUCUGGCUGCAGACACAUUACUACAUCACUUAUCACCAGUGGAACUCUAGACCUGAGUUUAUUGUCUGCACACACACAGUUGUCAGUUAUGCAGAAGUAAGGGCAGAACAGCGCAGGGAGCUGGGUAUUGAGGAGUCUCAUCCAGAGGUCACUGUGGAUAAGAGUCAAGACUCUGGCUCAGAGUCACAGCUGAAUACAUCCAGCCUCAAGGAGGCUCUGGAACGAUUCGACCGCAGCCGAACACCCUCAACCUCCUCACGGAGUUCCCGGAAAUCGUCAUCGCAUAUGUCAGACAACACUUGCACUUCCUCCAAGCUACACAUGGACACCGCCACGCCUCCUCGGCAGUCGCUGGCCUCCACCAUGGAUAUGACAUCACAGCGUCGCUCAUCCAUCAGCAGCCAGCAGUCUAUGAGCUCUCAGACCACAAGCCAGAGUGUGACUCCAGGCAUGAUCGCACAACAACAACAACAACAGCAGCAGCAGCAGCAGCAGCAGCAGCAGCAGCAGCAACAACAGCAGCAGCAGCAGCAGCAGCAACAGCAGCAGCAGCAGCAGCAACAGCAGCAGCAGCAACAACAACAACAACAACAACAACAACAACAACAACAACAGCAACAGCAGCAACAGCAGCAGCAGCAACAACAACAGCAACAACAACAACAACAGCAACAACAACUGCAGCAACAGCAGCUACAGACAAACAUUCAGCCAGUGAUGGAGUUCUCGGCGCAGGUGAAUGCCAUGCAGCACCUCAAGGAACAGCUGGAGCAGAGGACCAGAAUGAUCCAGGCCAACAUCCAAAGGCAGCAAGACGAACUCAGACACAUUCAAGAGCAGCUGUCCAAGGUCCAGGGCCAGGGCAUACAGAUGUUGCUGCAGCAGCAGGGUGGAGCGAUGAGUGUGCAGCUCCCUCAGGUCGGGUCGGUCCAACAAACGUCCUCUUUGACCAGUCAGGUCCAGCCAACGACAAUUAACCCCGUCCAUCCGGGAACCCAGCAGCUCACCAUCCAGCAGCAGGCCCCCGCCCCCCAGCAGAGCCUGCAGCAGCAGACCAACACCCUCACACAGCCCCAACGUCAGCCCCAGCAAUCUGUCCAGGCUCAGCCUCAAACCCAGGGCUCUGUGUCUGCUCCAAUGUACAACACCAUGAUGAUUUCCCAGCCAGGGCAGCCCAACGUGCUGCAGAUCAGUACCAGCCUGCCGCAGAACAACACACCACAAGGCACGACCGUGGCCACCUUCACACAAGAUCGACAGAUCCGGUUUCCAGCAGGGCAGCAGCUAGUGACCAAGCUUGUGACCGCUCCUAUGGCAUGUGGCGCUGUCAUGGUGCCCACCUCCAUGUUCAUGGGACAGGUGGUCACCGCAUACAACCCCUUUGGAGGGCAACCGCAUGGAGGGCAGACACAGACCCUCACUCUGCAACCGGCCCAACCAACUCAAGGUCAGCCGGACGGCCAAAACCAGACAGCUGUAGUGGCUCAGAGUGGCCAACAGGGGCAGCAGCAACAACAGCAAUUUCUACAGGGCACUCGUCUUCUUCACAGUAACCAGUCUACCCAGCUGAUUCUGCAGGCAGCUUUCCCACUUCAACAGCAGGGCACGUUCACCCAGGCGACACACCAACAGCAAACACAGCAGCAGCAGCAACAACAACAACAACAGCAAAGGCAACAGCAGCAACAACAACAACAACAGCAGCAGCAGCAGCAACAAUCUCACCACCAGAGGCACCAGCAGCAGCUGAAACCACAGCCCCAGAAACAGCAGAAAGCCCCUUCGUCACACAGGACUGACAGUGUCAGCAGCCAACCACAGUGAAGUCUGGAGCACAAACUGAAGCUCUCGAGGGAUCGCUGCAAACAUUUGUUUUGGUCGUGUGGCUGCCACAAACUUCCAUUUCCCUAAAAUCUUCGCCCUCCCUCCCUUCCUCCGACCGAGAGAAAUGAACCAUAGGAAAGAGGGACGAGUCCACAAGGAACUCGCUGAGGAUUGUCACCAUGGCAACAAGGACGGAUUAAAAUCCCCCCUUUCCCUCACCAGAGGCGGAGUUGCGAGGGAACCCCGGUCUCCGUGGAGACCCGGAAAAAAAUUUCAGCGAAAACACCUUAUCACCACGGUAACAGCAGACUUUUUUUGACGGUUUUUGUCGAAGUGGACUGACCUUGUACAGAUUUACUGUAUGAUAAGAAGAAAAAGUGUAAAUAUCCAGUAUAGCCUAACAGGAAACAGAAAUGUAGUAUUUUAUAUGAUUGCAUGGAAAAGAAUAACUGUGUAAGCUUUUAUUAGUCGCUUUUGAAAACAAAUAAUUUUUACUUUGUUCAAGUGUUUUCUGGUCAAAGAUGGAGCAAUGACAUGCUCUCUAAGGCCCCCCCACCUCCCCCACAGCUCUAUAUAACAAAACACACACUCAAAAAAGGUCCAGAAUACCGAUUUAAAGUUCUGACGGUUUGUUUUAAAAAACGGUUGGGCUUGGGGUUUACCUUUUUUUUUUUUUUGUGGAAGUUGUGAAACCGAGACAAUAAUGGCUCUUUUUAACUUUGUAAUUACACAUUAUGUUUGGCAAGAAAUGACUACAGUUAAACUGAAUUAUUCGCAGGAUGAUCACUGUACAUAUAACGGGUCUAGUGAUUCCAAGUGCCAAUAACAUAGUCGAUAAUGUUUUGUUUUGUUAUUUCGGAGCAGACUAUUCAAAGGCGUAUAUAUUUUUCAGCAAAAUAUUACCCCUUAAAAAUCUUAAUGCGUGUGUAUAUAGUAGGGAUUAUUUUUUAACAGAGAGCCCUAUACAUAACAAACAGUAUAUCCCCCACCUUCUGAAACUUUAGCACUUGAUGUGGUUGUGUACAGUAAAUCACUGUCCAGACCUAGUUGUUUGUAAAAUGUGGUGUGAUUCUGUGAGAUAAUGUGUGUGCUUUUGGGAAUACAAUCUUUGUGUGUGUGUGUGUGUGUGUGUGCGUGCGUGCGUGCGUGCGUCCGUCCGUCCGUGCGUGCGCGCGUGUGCAUGAGUGUGUUUGUUUGUCCGUCGCCCCUUGUGUCUUACAAUUAUUGACUUAGUAAGGGUUUGAAGUUGCUGGAUGGUACUUGUAUUCUCAGGAAUUUGGAAAAGUUUUGCUUCUGCCUCAGUCUGGAACCAGACCAGCAAGGAUAAGACAGUGAUGCUGCGAAGACCAGAGGGUAGAAGUGUCACCAAGGGUGUGGUGACCGAAUCAAAUCUGAACCAGAUUUCUUAGAGCCAUCGUUGUUUUCUUUUAAGGUAGAAAUCGAGAAGCGUGAAAAAUAUACCGGUUUUAUUGUUGGGGGGGUGUUGUUGAGGUAGAGUAGAGCAGAAAACGAAAGAAACCCUUCUUCAGCUGACUUCGUUGCACCAGCGAACCUGUCUCUUGGUCUUCUGUGCAAUCAGUGUUUUGUCCUUGUCUUAUCUUCCUCGGCCUCAGAAACCCUCAUGCAGUUCAGUUCACUCAUGUCUCAGUUCACAAACAGCAGUUAAAACCAGGAAACGGGCCCGCGUCCAUUUUUAAUUAAAGGGAAAUGGGCUCAUCUCCUGUACCACAGUCGUAAGCCAUAUCAAACAGAAAAGCCUUGGAUUGGAGGAAGUCAAGCGGUCGGCAACGGAGCAUUUAGAAUGUGUUGUUUUGUCUCCUCCUGUAGUUAAGACUGCGUGUGUGUGUGAAUAUAGUGUCUCCUCUUCUUGAUCCUACUUCUUGUAUCACUCAGGGGGGUUACUAUUGGUUUCCCCUGGAGAUAGCCAAUCAGUUCUUGCGUUGCAGUAUAAAGAAAUAAUUGUAAUAUUCAAGAAACUUCCUCUCUGGCUGGGCUCAGUGUUCUGAAAGCCCAUGUGUGGGACAGCUCAGCUUGAAUACAUGUUUGUGCGAGAGAAUGAAUCUGUAUGCAUGUUAAUUGUCACUGUAACCCAUUAUAUUUUCAUAUGGAAGUGUGUGUGUCGUGUGUCUGUGAAGGGGGAAAGAUGGAUGUGAGGCAAUGCAGAGCAUUGGUCACCUGUCAGGCUAAGACUGUUAUUGUUUUACAAUGACGUACAGCUAUAAAAAAAGAAGAAAAAAAACUAUCACAUGAACUACACAUCAGACCAGUCUCGAAUAGUGACCCUCAGAAUAGUAAACCUUCAUUUUAGAUUAAAUAAUAAUGUGUGUGACAUAGCAGGGACAAAUCCUCCUUUUGGGUCUUUCCACCCAAAAAAAAAGGUUCAGUGAUUUUAUGCUGAGGGUCUUACUGCUCAAACCAGGUCUUCCACUCAUCACAUGGCAUAUAUAGAUCCUCUAUAGAUUAGUGUGUGUUUAAAGCAUCACUCUGAAGGGUAAUGUUGAAAAUCUUUAUCGCGUGCGUCACUAAUACCAAGCCCAAAGAAUGUAAAGGUGUGUUCAAGAGACUCAUGGAUGUUGUUAACUGUUGAUCAUGGGGAACCGAUGACAGGCUUUGCAAUGAAGGACAAACGAGGGGUGUGAAAGGAGAUCAUGUCUCUCACUGCCGGAUUCCACAUACGGGAUCUGGAAUACAAUCUUAAUUUACAGGCUUUGCAUUGUAAAAGAAGCUCUGAAUGUUUUCACCAUUACCAUUUGUGUUUCUGUUUUUGCAACAAUAAUCUUCUGGCAGCAUCUGGUUCGAGAGAAAGAAAGAAAAAAAAGAAGAGAGUUUGAGGUGUAGAAUAUUUGAAAUGGGACGCCGCCGACAAGACAGCGAGGCCCCCCUCCACGCAGAUCACCUUUCCACCACACAAUUUGGUUCUAAAGAGUCCUAGUUCUAGUAUGAUACUGUACACAUACACAAAGCUACGUACACCAGUAUUCAGUGUAAAACGGUGCUAUGCUCACCUGUACUGUAUGUAUGUAUAUCCCUCCCUCCUGCUCUUGAACUGUGCUCCUUUAUCUACCCCAAAGUCAAAUGUAUUAAUAAUCAAUAUUUUGAAGCAAAUGUUUGCUAUUAUAAUCCCCCCUCUCCUCUUUGGUCAUUUUGAAAAAUAAAAAGAGUUGCAGAUAUUAUAUGUGA